AUGAGCUCCCACAUCGCAGAGGACAGUGACCGGGAGCUUGAGGUUCAUGUUCCGCCGCCGCUGCUGCCCGAGGAGGAAAACCAGGAUGAUGUGCUGCCUCGAGACAUUCCGCAUCGCACCACCUUCUACGACUCUGUCGUUGAGCGGCAGAUGACGCAGACGGAUGCGAAGCUGUUCUACCAGCGGAGCCAGCUGGAGGGCUCGACCGUGUUGGACCCGUCGCAGGCAAACUCCUACAACGACCCAGUCGCCAGCCUCGAGUAUGACGAGGACGAUUCAGCCUCGGCAUCCAGGGGAGUCUCCAACAUCAACUUCCUCGAUCCCCAGCCGCAGGUCACGGCAGAGCUGAGCUCCAUCUCCAAGAGCAUCCAGGACAUCAUCGCCCUGAGACGCAAAUACCUAGCCCUCUCGCUGCAGCGCCCCGGAGACGACCCCAGAGACAGCCCGGACUGGGAGAUUUAUCCCCCUGGAGACAAGCCGGGAGACGUCUUUGACAUGGAGCACUUCAUGCCGCUGCCUCCCAGGGACGACAGCCUGACGUUCAAGCUGACGGAUGCCGGCGUCUACGAAGUCUUCAAGAAUGCCGAGUCCACCACGCCCGUCUUCGAGGUCCCGACCAUCAGGCAGUUCUACAUGGACCUCGACAGCAUCCUGGCAGCCUCGUCCGACGGCCCGAGCAAGAGCUUCGCCUUCCGCCGCCUGCAGUACCUUGAAGGCAAAUUCAACCUGUACGCCCUGCUCAACGAGUACCAGGAGACGGCCGACAGCAAGAAGGUGCCGCACCGAGACUUUUACAACGUCCGAAAGGUCGACACCCACGUGCACCACUCGGCUUCCAUGAACCAGAAGCACCUGCUGCGCUUCAUCAAGAGCAAGCUGAAGAAGAACCCGGACGAGAUUGUCCUGUACCGUGACGGGAAGCACUUGACGCUUGCGGAGGUGUUUGCCAGUAUCAACCUGACGGCGUAUGACCUGAGCAUCGAUACGCUGGAUAUGCACGCACACGUAGACUCAUUUCACAGAUUCGACAAGUUCAAUCUGAAGUAUAACCCCAUUGGAGAGUCUCGACUCCGAGAAAUCUUCCUUAAGACGGAUAACCUCAUCAAGGGCCGCUAUCUGGCCGAGCUCACCAAAGAGGUCAUUUCCGAUCUUGAAGCCAGCAAGUACCAGAUGGCCGAGUGGCGGCUUUCCAUCUACGGCAAAUCGCCAGACGACUGGGACAAGCUCGCAGCCUGGGUCGUCGACAACAAGCUCUUCUCCCAAAACGUCCGCUGGCUGAUCCAGAUUCCCCGGCUGUACGAUGUCUAUAAGGACAACGGCCUGAUGGAGUCGUUCGAGCAGGUCGUCACCAACAUAUUCAAGCCCCUGUUCGAGGUCACGCAGGACCCCUCGAGCCACCCGAAGCUGCACAUCUUUUUGCAGCGCGUCGUCGGCCUUGACAGCGUGGACGACGAGAGCAAGAUUGAGAGGCGCCUGUACAGGAAGUUCCCCGUUCCGAAGGAGUGGAACACGAAGCAGAACCCGCCGUAUAACUACUGGAUCUACUACCUCUUCUCCAACAUGGUGUCUCUCAACCAGUGGCGCAAGCAGCGUGGCUUCAACACCCUGAUCCUGCGGCCGCACUGCGCUGAAGCCGGAGACCCCGAGCAUUUGGCCAGCGCCGCGCUCUGCUGCCACAGCAUCAGCCACGGAGUGCUGCUCCGAAAGGUCCCACUGUUGCAGUAUGUGUUUUACCUGGAACAGAUUGGAGUGGCCAUGUCGCCCCUGAGCAACAACGCCCUGUUCCUGUCAUACGACCGCAACCCGUUCCCUCAAUACUUCAGAAGGGGUCUCAACGUGUCGCUUUCGACCGACGACCCGCUGCAAUUCGCGUUUACAAAGGAGCCGCUGAUGGAGGAAUACGCGGUCGCUGCCCAGAUCUACAAGCUCAGCCCGACAGACAUGUGCGAGCUGGCCAAGAACUCGGUCAAGCAGAGCGGUUACGAGGCGGCCGUGAAGGAGCAGUGGCUGGGACCCAACUUUAACAGGCCGGGCAGAGAGGGAAACACUAUGGCCAAGACGAAUGUUCCUGACCGGAGAGAGGAGUACAGAUACCACACCCUGUUGACGGAGCGAGAGGUACUUGGCCGAUACGCAACGUACGACCCCAACGCCGAAAAGAAGAGCACCAAAGCCGAUUUGGCCCUGAAGGCACAAAGCGCCAACAUCCCUUCUGCGAGCGGCACGGAAGCUCCCUCUGGUGUUGCGACGCCCAUCUCCGAGGGAACUCACCGCAGCACUUCCAACGUCGCCGCAGACGCUCACAUUUCGGGGGCCGAUCCGAUGAUUUUCCCGGGCAUUCUCAGCCGAGACUCGAGUCGCCGGAAUCUGGCCAAGAUGGACAGCUGGGGCGUUCAGUCUGCUGAGGUUUCCAGCCCGGGGACGGACAGUUGA